UACAUAGAAUGCUGUAUACUCCUGUUAUGUUCGCUUUAGCCAGCACUUUCAUUAGUCUUACCCAAUGGACUGGAAUGCUGUUUUCGGCGAACAAAAUGCUUUGCUGACAUCUAGGUCGCUAAUCCAUUUACCAUACACAGUAUAUUUUUAAUUAACCACGUAUUCGUUGUUGACUUCGUGUCUUACAAAGCUUGUGUCUAACCCUAACCCUUCACAGCCCACCAACAGCAGCACUAUGCAAUAAAAGCGCUACCUUCGACUACGCACUGAGCGGCGGGUGAGCAAAAUGGACGGACGGGGCCGGCCGGCAUCGCGCGCGAGCAGCUAGGAGGAGGAGGCGCGCUCAAGCGCUCUGCACACCUGCUCAGCGAUGGCAGCAAGAGGACCACAGUAAAGCCGUUUUUUUCGUUCAUUGUUUCCGUUUGUGAAAAGCUGAUGGGGCGGGAGCGAAGACACGUCGCUCAUUCAUUCAGCGUUUCGAGACCUGAAGAUGGGAAUUAAAAGAUAGGCAGCAGAAGAAAAAAAAACGUUCGCCUUGCCCUCUCGAUGCUUUCCAUCCAUCGUCUUUCUUUCUUCCGACAAUUCAUGCGGGAGGAUGCAACAUCCUCUUCGUGAUGGAGCUAAAUACCAAAGCACUGAAUGAAUAACCUGAACAGCUGUGCUAUCUUCAUGGAAAGGAGACGAUAACAUUGCCCAGAUUAAUCAAGGGCUUUUUUUUUCUUCGUGGCUCCCCGUUCUUUUUCGCCUCUAGCCACCCAGAUGAGGGCUAAGAUCUGUUCACAAAACAUGCACGACAGCAAUGUAAUCUUGCAACAGCAAAGCGCGCACUUCAGCGAAGGAGCUUCUUUUAUGAUGCGGCUGUGUACUUGCUAACCAAGGAAUCGGGCAUCUCAACAAGCACAGUAAGAAACAGAUUUAAAGCCAGUCAGUGAAUGUCGCCGUGUCAAAUUGUGCAUCCUAAAGCGUAUGGAGAUACUAUUAUACCUUUCCUCAGCUUUCCUUCUUCAUACCUCAGUGGUCACUGGCACCUCUAUUCAUAUUGGAGUUGGCAGAAACUUCACCAGUGCCUAUGAAAAGAACAUCCUUCCAUGCAGGAAAGAAGAGCUUCAGUGUGGUAAUGGCCUUUGCCUCUUUAACUGGCUAAGAUGUCAUUAUAAGAAGGAUUGUGGUAGAGAUUACAUGUCGAUCCAAUUGAUCUGUUCAGUGAGCUCAAACCACACCAACCCUGUCAAUGAGUACACAGACUUCAGAGAAGGUGGCAACGAGGCUAGCCUGCUGGUAUCGCCCUUGGUGGUGGCAGGUAUCGUCAUCGGCCUGGUACUCUUCCUGUCUUGUGUUACCAUUAUUGUGGGCAGUUUGAGGAAGGAUGGCCGCCUUCGCAAUCCACAUCUGCGUACCGAAGCCAGCUAUGCUCCAGAUGGCUUUUCCUAUGGAGGCUCCAUUAGGGAUCUGAGGUCAAGUUGCAUUGAUGAAUUUCCACCAGCAUUUGACUUUGACUCAUAUAUGGAGACACUGUCUCAAGUCAAUGUAAUCUACCCCGACUCUCCACCACACUAUGAAGAAUGUGUGGGGCCUGGUGCAACACAAAUAUACAUCCCAACAGAUGAUCCUCCCCCCUAUUCAGUAACUGACCCGUGUCAAGAGGAUGUGAUGGCUGAAGCCUCCUGGGUUGUGGGAAGUACCUCCAGAAAUCCAAUCAGGAUGCGGGAGAACGGACAGCAGGCCAUCUCUUCUAUUUCAUUUUCAGCACAUCCCUUGGAGAAUGCACCCCCGUACGAGGCUGUUGUCUGUGAACAGAAUCUUCCCAUUCCCCUUAUCCCACUGGACUUACUAAAGCACACAGACACAGAUUGCCAUCAGCCACAACCUAUUUUUCAUAGACUCUUAUAAGCACUAUCAGCAUGAGAACCUUUUUCAGUGUUCCAAGGCAAGGUUAUUCACUUUGUUUUUUAUUACUGCUAUUGUAGGAGUAUUUUCUCUGUUUUACUUAAGAGAAAAGAUAAGUGAAUAACAUUAAACCCUGUAGCUCAAGCAAUGGAUCCUUUCACCUGUGAAAUCCCGCUUCCAUUAACUUUCAGUAGACUGUACUUGCAGAAUUAUUCAUCAGAUGUUUGUCUCUCGCUGGAAAAACACAGUGAAAUGAAGGAGUAUACUGACUUUUUAUAACAGUUUAUUAUCAAGAACAUAUCUGGAAAAAUUAGUUCAAUUUUGGAGUUACAAGCUAGAUGCCCAGUUCUUAGUAAGUGGUUGGUCACUGCCAAUAAAACAUUGAACUUCAUUGAUAAUGGACAUUUAUACAUUGAAAUGAUCAUUGUGUAGGCUAGUUGGGGAAGGGCUGAGCUACAAUUCUUGUUAUAAAGCAAAGAAUUGUUAAACUGACAAAUUUGAAAUAGAAAAUGCACGAGGAUCUAUGACUGUUAACAAAAGGGAGCUAAAUAAUCCAUAAAUGGUUCUAGCUGUGCAUUAUGUGACCUUUGCUUUAUGGGUUUUUAUCAGAUCAAUAUUUUACAAGUCUCACAGUAAUUCCAACUGUAGUUCAAUUCAAGUAUUUUUUUAAAACAUUUAUCCCAUGUUCUUUGGAAUCCCUAUAAUUCUAGGAUUUUUUAGUAAACAUAGCAUCUGUGCAGUUUUCUUUGAUAAGUUUUCAAAUCUGAAAGCACAUAAAAAUAUUGGUGGAGGAGUCAGGUCACUAAACUGAGUCACUUACUUUUGUACAGAUUAUUCUCUGGGAACACCAGUUUCAGGAUCACAUUGGGGAGCUUGCACUGGUACAGCAUGUUGACACACCCACCAGACGACAAAACAGCUCGGGAUCCUGGUUGGCAGUCCCUCAGGCAGAUAUGUAGUCCGGUCCCACCCUCUGGAAAUGACCAUCUAUCUGCUGUAGCCAGGUGUUAGGUGGGCAUCCCCUUGGCCUGGUCCAGCCACUCAGGUCCUCAACAAUGAGGAUCCUGCGAGCCAGAUCACCCUAAGGGAAUCGCACCACAUGGCCAUACUGCCAUAACUGAUGCUCCCUCACAAUGCAGGUAAUGUGCCUCUUUUGGUACUAUGUGAGCAACCUCUCAUUCAACACAACGAAUACCAGCAGUACCGAAAGGAUUCUCCAAAGAGACAUAGUGCAGAAGGAGUCCAGUCUUCAUCUCUGGUCACUGGAUAUCGUCCAUGUCUUGCAGCCAUAUAGCAAAGCAGGAAGCACUUCGUCCUCUUGCAAAGACUUCGGGAGCGCUACACACCCCUUUCCAGCAACCUUAUGACCCCCCAUGUUCUCCCAAUCCGUCUACUGACUUCAUAGAAAGAGUCACCAGAGACAUGAAUGUCACUGUCAAGAGAUUCAUGUCUCUGUGAACACCUAAUAUACAGUAUUAAAAUGGCAUACACAAAUAUAUGUUAAUUUAAUUGAACUACUAAUAAUUGUCGUGCACAGCAUCACACAGCCAGGUAGGGAUUUCUUUGUAUGAAUAUAUCAGCCACACACCAAUAGUAUUACAUGAAGAUGGGUAAUUCCCUUGUUUAAUAAAUAACUGAAGGAUGUCUGUGUGAGAUUAUUAAGCAAAUGUGUCAUUGUUAUCAUUUUGAAACCACCCUAUUUCACCCUUGCUUUUAUAUACUAUACAUAUUAAUUGGAUAGCUGUACAUAUUACUUUUAAAUGUAGGUAUGCAAUCUUCAGGCAUCACUUUCCAACACAGUACAAGAGUAGUGCAGUAGCAUAGAAUAUACAGUUAGAACAGAAUUUGACUCAAAGCUGUUUUCAGCAAAGAAAGAUUAGGACUUUUCCCUUUAUUCCACUUAUUGAUUAUUGGGUACACUUUUGUAAGUUGUACUGUACAGUGCAGGAUUUUAAGAAAUGUAAGCCUUCUUUAUUGUUUUGGUAAAUGUUGUAUUCAUUUCUCACACCCUGUUUCUUCAUCACCAAGCAACCAUUUCUGUUAAUAUGCAGAAGACUUUGGGGCCAAAAGCAAAUGGUAGAGUCUGUCAUGGUCAGCUUAUGGGAGACGGUUUUAAUUAUAAAAAUCCUCUGUAGCUAGCAAAGUUUCUGUAUCAUACAGAUUGAAAAGUAAUAUUUUUAUAUAUAAAUGACUGCUUUUAUUCAGCAGGCCUGUGACUUCCUAGAUUCUUACAUUGUUGGUGAGGAUUUGUGCCUCUCAAUUCAGAAUAGUCCACAACCACAAAAGAAAGACAAAGCUCAGAGAUUCUCCGUCAUGUGUGUCAUGGUGCACUUUGAUGCACACUUCUGUUGUGAUGGCAGCACAUUCGGGUAUGUGGCUAUUUCAUUCAUUCUUCGUAUAUCAGUUUUGUUGUGGAUUAGUGACUAUAAGGAGUAGUGUUAUAGAAGGCCAGAGAAUGCCUGGUUUUAUCUGUAAAAAUAACAGGUUUAAACAAGAAACAAAUAGGACAGCCAAAUCUUCAUCUCUUUUUUUAAAUCAGCUUUGUUUUUGUGUAUAAAAUAACGUUACUUUUAUGUUAAGCAAGUCAAAUCAAGCAUUUUGUGUCAAGAAAACAACAUAACACUGAAUUGAUUACUUGUGAUAUAUUUAUACAAUGCUUGUGCUAAUAAGCUUUCAAAUAUCAGUAAAGAAAUAAUUUUCUUUUUUGAUUAUUUCUAAAAUGCAUUCAUUUUCUGUAAAAGAUCAGUAUUUGCCUGACUAGUAUUUUCUUUAUCAACAUCUGAAUGACUGACAUAAAUUUAAACAGCUUUAUUGAUUAAAAUGAUUAAAAAGAAUGAGAUUUCAUUUUCACAGAUUAAAAUAUCAGCUUAUGCAAUGUAAUAUUUCAAGCAGUCAAACGGUUUAGUUUGUUGCUUUUUUUUCUUUAGAACAAAAUGGAUCAAUAUUAACAUUUAGAGUUUCACCCUGCAGUGUUUUUCCUAAUAAUGUAAGUUAUUCCACAAAUGUACUGUGCAUUAUUAACGAUUGUCUUUACUGAUGAAACGCAAACUGACGAAGAUUCAGAAAUUCUUCUUGUUGGGAGAGAAUUACCACGAUUUGUGGCAGUUUGGAUGCAAUUUAAGAAUUUAGUAAACUCUCCAAGCCAGAGGAAGCAGUUCUGUGGGAUUUAUAUAUCAGUUUUGUCUGAAAUCCCAUUUUAUAUAUAUGAUCAUGUCAUGUGCUAUUAGAAAAAUUGUGUGAAUGCAUUUCAGAUUUAAAUGAAAUAAAUGACCAGGCUAAAGAACUGUUGGUUACAUAUUAAGAGGCCUGCUUUCUAAACAUGAUGCGUUAUUUACUGGUUGUCACGUACAGUAGACAAUGCACUAAUGUCAGUAGUUAAGUAAAUGUGCAACCACUGAAAAUACUUUCUAUUUCAUUGGUAAUAUACUUUUUAUUGAGUGUUUGUGUAGAAGAGAAUUAAAUGGUACCCACCUGCACGCAAUAAAAGCAGUAUUGUAGGCUACUGCUUGCUUAGUUAGCAUAAAGCAGGCAUUAAAACAUGUCUUUGGACACCACAGAAAACUGCUUAAAAGAAAUGUUAAAAUGCUGUAAACAAGCAGAAGAGCCGAUUUGGUGUUCUCUUUAAAGCAGCAGCUCUAAUGACACUGUUUAAUGUUGUUAUGCCACCGUCUGUCUGUCACUGUGUAUUUGCAGCUGUUGAUUCUAUUUGGUAGCAUAGCAUUUAUAUAUAUUGUGUUAUUUAAAGCACCAAAGGUUACACAAAUAAUUGUUUGUAUUAAUGGAGCUAGGCAGAAUUUGUUUUGAUGAAAAUAAAAUAGAAAUAAUAAAAUAGCAAGUAGUUUACAUUGAUACUAGCUCAAUAUAUGAAAAGCUAAAUACAAAUUUUAAAAGUUACAGAAGGAAUUUGAUUAAUCUCUUUUGAUUUUAUAGCAAACAUUCACUUAGCACUGCCCUGAAAAAUGUUUCCCUCAAAUACUGACGUAUGGUUUCAGAACCACUCAGAAAUUAUUCUUAUUAGGAGUAUGUAAACUAAAACGAAUGCAUCUCAUUAAAAUAGUGACAUUUGUAGACAUUUGUCAAACAGUAUAAUAAAUAAAUAUGUUUAAGAUUACAAUGAGAAAAAAAAAGUUUACUGUCUGACAAUAUGGCAAAUUAUUUGAUGUUCAUGAAGAGCACCUACCAUUUCUUAAAUACGUUUGCCAUGGUUUCAGCAAUUCUGCAAUAAAUAAUAGCAUUUGCAGCAAUGAAGUGAAAUGUAUGCAUUUGUAGGAUACAGCGUAAUGGGAUGAAGACUUUACCAGCUAAUCCAACGUUGAUACACUGAGAACGAAGUAUGAAAUCAACCGAAAACCGAACAUGUAAAGGGUUUUUUUUUGCCUUCACAUUUUCCAUGCUUUACAGUAUUUUUCUUUCUCUCUGUAAUUUAAAAUUGCUUGUAACCACCAAACCAAAUUCCAAGCAGGCUAAUUUUGUAAGCAGUGUUCUCUGGUGAGCUGCUUGAUAAAGAAACUAUAAGUUUUGUUUAUUUGUAAACAGUUCCAACAGAAUAUUGAUAGUUUUUUCAUUCAUGCAAAUUUAUAAUAUUCUGUUCAGUCAAAGUUUUAACAUGGUUGAUAUCUGAAAAGCAUGCGUGUUAUGUUAUGUGAACAUCCCUGCAUGAGUGAUUAUGGGUGCAGACGUCAUCCUGCCCUACAUUGGACCUGCAUCCUGACCCAGGGUGUUUCUUAAUAAGCUACAUAGAAUAGACACUGUAAUGAAAAAGAGGUGGACAGAUGUAAUUACACACAAGAGAGUUUAUACAAUGAAAGCUUAGCUAGUCUGUAGUUAUUAUUAAAUCAGUUAUUAAAGUAUAUCUUUAUUAAUGUACAAUAAGCCAAUGAUGCCGUGCCUUUACAAUUAUGGCGGUUAAUGUAAUGGAAACGUUACCCUGAAUUUGAAAAUUCAUAGCUCUGUUUACAUUAAAAUUAAUUUGUGAUUAAGUGAGAAUUACCCAAAUGGUAGAAAAGAAAUCGUAUAACUAACACUGCAUUCAAAACUGUCAAGAUCAUAGAAUUUUAUUUUUAAUCCAACAUCAUCACUAGCAUACUACACAAUAUUUUAAAGACUGAAAGCAUCAACACAUAUGUUAUCUGUUAUACAGUAUAAUACUGCAAAUCAUGCGUCCUUUUACCAAGAAUCCUUAUUUAUAAAAGUCAUGCCAAAAGUAAUGAACA